UGCGGAAAUAUGGGUCUGUUUGACCGCGGGGUUCAGAUGCUGCUGACCACGGUUGGCGCCUUCGCAGCGUUCAGCCUCAUGACCAUCGCGGUGGGCACGGACUACUGGCUCUACUCUCGCGGCGUGUGCAAGAUCAAGAGCAACAACGAGAACGAGACGAGCAAAAAGAACGAGGAGGUCAUGACCCAUUCGGGGCUGUGGCGGACUUGUUGUCUGGAAGGUAACUUUAAAGGGCUGUGUAAACAGAUAGACCACUUCCCUGAAGACGCCGACUACCAAGCCGAUGCAGGGGAAUACUUCCUACGUGCGGUGCGGGCGUCGAGCAUCUUCCCGAUCCUCAGUGUUAUCAUGCUCUUCAUGGGCGGCCUGUGCAUCGCCGCCAGCGAGUUCUACAAGGCGCGACACAACAUCAUCCUUAGCGCGGGGAUCUUCUUCGUGUCGGCGGGCCUGAGCAACAUCAUCGGCAUGAUCGUCUACAUAUCAGCCAACGCCGGCGACCCCUCCAAGAGCGACAGCAAGAAGAACAGCUACUCGUACGGCUGGAGCUUCUACUUCGGCGCCUUGUCCUUCAUCAUGGCCGAGAUGGUGGGCGUGCUCGCCGUGCACAUGUUCAUCGACCGGCAUCGGGAGCUGCGAGCUGCCGCCGCGCGCGGCGGCGGAGGUCCGCCGGACUACCUCCAGGGCUCGGCCAUCACGCGCAUCCCCAGCUACCGCUACCGCUACCGCCGGCGCUCCUCCUCCUCCCGCUCCACCGACCCCUCGCACUCCCGCGAUACCUCGCCCGUCGGCCUGAAGGGCUUCGGCGCGCUGCCCUCCACCGAGAUCUCCAUGUACACGCUCAGCCGCAGCGGAGGAGGAGGAGGUGGAGGUGGCGUCAUCGGGAGUGGAGACACGCUCAAAGGCUCGCACGGCACGCCCACGGCUACGUACAACUCCGAGAGAGACCACAACUUCCUGCAGGUCCACAACUGCAUCCCCAAGGACCAGAAGGACUCUGGUGGGAAUGCGGCUAACCGCCGUACCACGCCCGUAUGA